UGAUGAGCCAGCUGAGUUGGAUAUUGGACGACGGUCAAACGGUCUCUUUAAUCUAAGGGUUUCAUCUGGGUUCGGCGUGCACAUCGUUUCGUGUCGAAAAGACUUAAAAAAUGCGUUACGUGGCCGCAUACCUCCUACUCGCCCUUGGCGGCAAAGCCAAUCCUUCAUCUGGAGAUGUGAAGAAGGUUCUCUCAAGCGUCGGAGUUGAGAUUGACGAGGACAAGCUUGGUAUUGUAAUGAAGGAGCUUGAGGGAAAGAAAGUGAAGGAUCUAAUCGAGGAGGGCAAAUCUAAGUUGGCAUCGAUGCCUUCUGGAGGAGGAGCCGUUGCUGCUAGUGGUGCUGGCGGUGCUGCUGCUGGUGGAGGCGCAGCAGCAGAGGAAGAAAAGAAGGAAGAGAAGAAGGAGGAGAGUGAGGAAGAAUCAGAUGACGACAUGGGAUUCGGUCUCUUCGAUUAGAAUGCUGCCUUAUGCGAAACCAUGGCAACAUGUACACAAAAGAAGAAAACGUUGCAACUUUGCAGACUUCCAUCUUGUAUUGUGAAUAACUAUUAUGUAAUAUGUUAUAAAAAAAUACACUGCACUUGUAACAUAAA